AUAGCUAAAACCUCCGAGAAAUUUUCGAGUUUGGCCAUCAGAGUAAGCAAAACCAAAUAAAGCAGCUAAAAUGCAGGCGGCACCGGCGACAGUGGAGUCCGUGCAAUGUUUCGGGCGGAAGAAGACAGCGGUGGCGGUGACACACUGCAAGCGUGGUCGUGGUUUGAUCAAAAUCAACGGAGUUCCUAUCGAGCUUGUUCAGCCGGAGAUUCUCCGAUACAAAGCUUUCGAGCCAAUCCUCCUUCUAGGUCGUCAACGAUUCGCCGGAGUUGACAUGAGAAUCCGCGUGAAAGGAGGAGGUCAUACUUCUCAGAUCUACGCUAUUCGUCAGUCAAUUGCAAAGGCUCUUGUUGCUUUCUACCAGAAGUACGUUGAUGAGCAGACGAAGAAGGAGAUUAAGGAUAUUCUGAUUCGAUACGAUAGGACUUUGCUUGUUGCUGAUCCUAGACGUUGUGAGCCUAAGAAGUUUGGUGGUCGUGGUGCUCGUUCUAGGUUCCAGAAAUCUUACCGUUAAUUUACGGUAUCUGUUCUAUUGCUAUUGGUGCUAUGCAAUUUUGAGUAUGGUUUCGGUUUAGGGAUUAUUAUUAUUAUC